AUGUCUAACAGUAAUAAUCGCUGGAGGAAGCGAGGAAUUGCUAUGAUUCCCACAAAAUUUGGCAUAUCAUUCACUACAAAAUUUAUGAAUCAGGCUGGUGCUCUUGUGCAAGUUUACACUGAUGGUACUGUCCUGGUAACGCAUGGUGGAGUUGAGAUGGGGCAGCGUUUACACACAAAGAUAGCCCAAGUUGCUGCCUCGUCACUCGAUAUACCUCUAAGCUGUGUAUUUAUCUCAGAGACAAGUACAGACAAGGUUCCAAAUGCUUCACCAACAUCAGCUUCCACCAGUUCAGAUUUGUAUGGUGCUGCAGUUUUGGAUGCCUGUCAGCAAAUAAAGGCUCGGAUGGAACCCAUUGCUAGUAGGGGCAACUACAAGUCUUUUGCGGAGUUAGCUGAAGCAUGCUACAUGGAACGGGUUGAUCUUUCUGCUCAUGGGUUUUAUAUCACGCCGGAUAUUGGGUUUGACUGGAUUGCUGGCAAGGGAACUCCAUUUAAUUAUUUCACCUAUGGAGCCGCAUUUGCAGAAGUUGAGAUUGACACCCUAACUGGGGAUUUCCACACAAGGACAGCUGAUAUUGUCAUGGAUCUUGGCUAUUCGAUUAAUCCAGCAAUCGAUAUUGGCCAGAUUGAAGGAGCUUUCAUCCAAGGGUUGGGCUGGGCUGCCAUGGAAGAGCUAAAAUGGGGGGAUGAUAACCACAAGUGGAUCCGACCUGGACGCCUUUUCACUCAUGGACCCGGCUCUUACAAAAUACCCUCUGUAAAUGAUAUACCUCUCAAUUUCAAGGUUUCACUGUUGAAGGGCGUUCCAAACCCAAAGGCCAUCCACUCGUCCAAGGCUGUAGGAGAGCCCCCGUUCUUCCUUGCUUCCUCCGUCUUGUUUGCGAUAAAAGAUGCAAUCACAGCGGCCAGGGCAGAGGAGGGGCAUCUCGACUGGUUCCCCCUUGACAACCCGGCCACACCUGAAAGAAUAAGGAUGGCGUGUGUUGACUCCAUUACCAAGAAAUUUGCCAGUGUAUAUUACCGUCCCAAGCUUAGUGUAUAG